AUGGAAAAUAAAUCAAUGAAUUUGGGAACUCCUCGAAAUCGCAUUUCUACACUGAAAUAUUCUCAGUUAAGAAAAAUUGCAAAGCGUUACUCAGUGAAUGCUAAUCAAAAGAAAGAAGUGUUAAUAAUGGAACUGUCGAAAGUUUGGCCACAUUCUGAAUGCGAUAAAGAAAAUAUUACUCCGAAGAAAAAAAUUGAAUCUAAGGUAACUUUGUCGUGUUCAUCUAAAAGUUCCUUAAAUGAUACACUCAAUCAAACUUUUACAAUUGAAAAAGAUAGUGAUGUUGAUAUGGAUGAUGUGGACCUGUCCACUGCGAAGUUGACUACAGCAGAUGGGAAUUCGAUUGAAAAAAAAAGCACGCUUCAACGUAGCCAAGAAGGCAAUUUUCUGCCAUUAAAUGAAUCAAAUUCCAGUCGAAAAAUGGAACAAGGUACUCCUUAUAAAGGCAAAUCUGUUGCGCCUGGUGCACUUGUUGCACGAUUCGCCGUUCUUCAUCAGAAAUUGGCUGCGAAACAACCAACUCUACAAGAGGUCGAUGCAAAUGUGAAGCGAAAGUUUGCAGAACAUGAAAGAUCAGUUCCUGAUACUUUCAAGAGGUUAGCUACACCGAAAGUUCUGAAGAAAGCAAAACCUGAAAUAGGAGUUGAAACUACUGGGCAUCAGUUCAAGAAUGUUGAUGAAGAUCCAUCAAAGAUGGAUUUUUCAUUCCCAAAACUAUAUGGCACAAAAAACUCUUCUACAGCGAUACAGAAUUGUUCUGAUGUGGCAUCACAAUCUAAAAUUCCAUUACCACGUAGAAGAAAGAAACCAGAAAUUGGUGUAAAAAAGCUAACAAAAAGGCUCAAUAUCAAACAAGUUCGACGAUCUCCAAGGCUUGCACAGUUGACUAAUUCUGUAACCGUGCCACAAUUAAGCACACGUUUGCAAAGACUGGCUACUCCAAAAGGAAAGAAUUCUGAAGUGUUACUAACGGAAAGUGAAAAGAAAGCGCUCCGUAAAUAUGGGCGUCGAUAUGUACCCUAUCGUCAUCUAAUACCUUAUGUGGAUACCACCAAAAUGACUGAUAGUCAAUUUCAUGAAGCAAAAAAACUUGGCCAGGUGCAAACAUUAACAGCUAUUUCUGCUUCAAGAACUGAAACACGUCAGCAGCUUCGCUUGAAACGCGGCGAAGCUCGUGAACGGAUAUUGAGAGCGAAACGUGGUUGUUGA